UGUGUCCUCUUGUCAAUAAGGAUCAACACGUGUGGCUCGCUUCAGCGCGUGACAGUGCGAGGGCGCGAGGCUUUGUUCUCGCGGUGGAUAAGCACGCGCGAUAACGCGUCCGGAUGCACAGCCAGCUGUCCCCAGCCAGUCAGCCAGCCGGCCAGCUGGCUAUUGACAGCCAUGCUACGUCGGUAUAUCGACAGCUGUGUUGCAUCGCGCCUCAACUCCCUCGUGACUUGACUCGAGACGGCGCGAAAGCGCAUCGGCGUCGCGGUCGUCGGCGUCAUCUUGGCCGUCAAGGCGACACAAUGGCGCACGUGGUAUCGCGCGUGUGUGUCACGAGCGACGAACAUUCUGGGAACACAAUACACACUUGCCGAUUCCGGCGCGCGAUAUUUAUUUCUAAGCGACGCGGAACGCCGCGCCGUGACAUGCGCCAUGGGAAAUAGGGCAUGUUGCUCGUAACAGAGGCGAUGACGUUGGCGGCUACAAAAGCUAAGAGAAAGACGGGCGAGCCGAUGCGUCGCGUCGGCUGCUGCCGCUAUCGCAGCCGCAGCCACCGUCGCCGAUGCUGCGGCAAACGCUGUUUGCGAGUCGUCUCUGGUCCUCUCGGACGCGCUACGUCACAAGUGCGCAUGUAUGACAUGUCGCGGCGACGGGAGGCUCGUUGAAUCGUCAAAUGCUCGUCGGGACGGUAAAUUGAAGCGCGGGUUUUCGUGUACAUUUGCUGUGCGAAUGUCUCCGCCGUCGUCAUCGUUUUCGUCGCCGUCGCCGUCGCCGUUGCCGCCACCGCCGCCGCCGCCUCCGCGUCGCGAGUCGCAGUUCAAAUGUCGUCAAAGCAGCGGAGAACCCGCUCCCGAUUCAAGGUGAUAACUCCCCUUAGAUCAUUGGUUCUCUGUGGUGAAAACAGACAAGACAUGGAGGAAUGGUUACAAGCAUUAAGAACAACGACAGAAAGUCGUUCUCAGGUUGAUCCUGGAACUGCCGAGUUAUUAGGAGGUAAUCAUCAAUGGUAUGCAACUAGUCAUGCCAGACCUACAUAUUGCAAUGUCUGCAGAGAUGCUCUGCAUGGUGUUACUUCCCAUGGUUUAAGUUGUGAAGUAUGUAAAUAUAAAGUGCACAAGAGAUGUAGCGCAAAAGCAAUAAAUAAUUGCAAGUGGACCACUUUAGCAUCCAUUGGAAAAGAUAUUAUUGAGGACCAAGAUGGGAACAUCACAAUGCCACAUCAGUGGAUGGAAGGAAAUUUGCCAGUAUCCUCAAAAUGUCUUGUCUGUGAAAAGACUUGUGGCUCUGUACUUAGGCUUCAAGACUGGCGGUGUUUAUGGUGCAGAGCAACUGUACACACAGCAUGCAGGCCUGCCAUAAGUAUCAGAUGUCCACUAGGACCAGCUAAACUGAGUGUAGUGCCUCCUACGGCUUUGCAUAGUAUAGUCAUGUGCUGUGUAAAAUUAUCAGGUAGCGACGAAGCUUGGGAAGCAGUUAGACCUACGGGAUGCAGUCCACUUUUAGUAUUUGUAAACAGUAAAUCUGGUGACAAUCAAGGUGUUAAGUUUCUUAGGAGAUUUAAACAAUUACUAAAUCCCGCACAAGUGUUCGACCUUAUAAAAGGAGGACCAGGUCCAGGAUUAAGACUGUUCCGUCACUUUGAUCCUUUUCGGAUUCUGGUGUGCAGCGGAGACGGAUCCGUAGGUUGGGUGCUUUCGGAAAUCGAUCGACUAGGAAUGCACACGAAGCAAUGCCAAGUUGGAGUACUGCCUUUAGGAACAGGAAAUGACUUAGCGCGUGUGUUAGGCUGGGGUGCAUCGUGCGACGAUGAUACACAUUUACCUCAGUUACUGGAAAAGUACGAAAAAGCGGGCACGAAAAUGCUGGAUCGAUGGAGCGUUAUGACAUUCGAACGCAGCAUAUCUCUGCCAUGUCACAAAGUGACUUUGCAUCAGCCUGACCCGGCUAUAAAGUUGAGCGUAGCUCACCAAUACGAAGACAGCGUUCUUGCUCACAUAACAAACAUUUUACAAUCUGAUCAAGACAACGUAGUUAUAUCUAGUGCCAAAGUUUUGUGCGAAACAGUAAAAGAUUUUGCAACGCAUAUACUGGAAGCCAGUCUAAACACAGGGGACCAACAACUGGGAGAAAAAUGUGAGAUACUUCAACAAAAACUUGAUCUAUUGUUGCAAACAUUAUCGGAAGAAGAGAGCUACUUGUCAGAUAAUGGGGAAGAAACAGAUGUUGGUACCGUAAGAACCAAUACUUUGAGCAGUGAUCAAGAGAAAGGUGCUUUAGAAAAGCCAGAGAAGGAAAUGACAAAUCUCAAGAGAGUCCAAAGAAGAAAAUGUUACAUGGAGAAGGAUGCUGUGAUGUCUAGAGCAAAUAGUCUAAAAAGAGCUAUUAGAAGAUUAGUGGAACAUACAGAAACGGCUGUUGAUGAACAGAAUAAUCCCUCGGACGAAAAGCAAGGUAGUAAGAUGCCAAACAUCACUGUAACAUCCGAUAUUUCUCCAAUAAAUUCAACAGGUAAAAAACAGCAAUUGGAUAUCCCCGGAUUUCAAACAGACCAAAUUGACAACUUCAAUUUAAUGCCCACCAUAGACUCCGCCAGUAGCGUGGAUAUUUCACCAUGUCCCAGUCCUACUCCUAAUGUGGCAUCUUUAAGCCCAAUGCCAGAUUUAAGGAGAGAUUCACAACCCGAAGAGUUGUUGACUCUUCCUGCGCCUGACGGGUUCGCUGACAGCAGAAGAAACAGCGAGAACAUAAUGCAAGGAGCUUUCACUUUUGACGAGCCUGCAGCGCAAAUUGCCGGCGGUCAGUCGGGAAUGCAGGCAGCUGUUAGCGAUAACCUUCUGACAUCUGAACCCACGCAAGUGGAAGCCUCUUCCGACAUCCCAGUGACGGUGACGAGGACUACCUUAGACACAAGUACACCGUCAGACGACGCGACUAUGCAAGACACUAUCGUUUCUCCUGACACAGAUUCGCUUCAUUCUAGAAAUAUCUCGCCAGAACCUCAAGCACAAAAACUUUCACAGUCUAAGCUAGAGCCGAGAGGUAGCUGUACCAACAGCAUAGUCAGUACGGAUAGUAUAGUCUCCGACACGUUGGACUCGCGAAGCUGCACCAUUCGAAACAGCGAGAGCGAAAUCGGUCAUAUAGACAGCGAUAUAUUUGAUUCGUCGAAAAAGUCGGACAGUUCUGAGAUUGGGCAUAUCGAUUCGCCGGAUAAUUCCGACAUGUUCUCCAGCGAGACUCAACACUCGGAAAGCGUGAUAGACGAUCUGAGUUCCCUCGGACAGGACUUGAUCAGUACGAUAUUGGCCGAAAGGUAUGAUUCUGUUAGAGAAUGUUUGGAGUCCGAGGAGAUCGAGAAACCGCAGAAAUUUUGCAGCUUGGCUCAGUUCGUCGAGGGAAACGACAUCGCGAGACAGUCGUUCAAAAAAGGCCCAAAAAAUAUGAAGACGGACAGAGAAGUAAAUAUUGAGCAGGGAAUGCUAAAUAAAUACAAAACGGACGGCCUGGCAACUUGUGUGCGCGUGACAGGAAACAAGUCGAUGCAUCCCGUGGAAACGAAUGUGAUUCCUGCACCGAACAGGUUUCCAAGUGUUGAAAAAGAAAAGACGUCCGAUUUGCUGAGCCCGGUAUGCUGCUUUACCGUCUCGUCGGACAAUACGCCGGCCAAUGAAAAGUACGCCACGAAUUUUCCGCCGACGAUUAGCGUGAUCAUCGAUCCGCCAAGUCCAUCGAUGUCGAUCGAGAGUCAUCAGGAGCUUAAUUUGGAUUACAAGCUAGAUCCGCACAUAAAACAAUACAGUGGUAGCAGUAUGGAAAGACUGAGCGUGGAGCUGCCCGAAUCAGGCUUUUCUCCGCAAGCUACACGACGUAUCAGCAGUGGCAGUUUGCUGAAGGCAUCAGAAGUUGUUUCGUUGGCAGCGACCACUGCUCGUUUGGGUGGUUCUAGUGUGAGUUUGCGCAAUGAGAGAGCAAAGUCGAUGGAUAAGACGGAGGAUGUGAAGAAGCUCCCGAUAAUAAAUCCUUUGGUCCGACUACCCAUGUGGCCAAAUGUUAGCGGUGGAGCUGGUUUGAUCAGUCAGGCAUUGCUGGCGAACGCAGAUGCUCUCUGUGCAGCAGUAUCACCAUUGAUGGAUCCAGACGAGUCGUUGAUGGAAGGUUACUUCGAACGAUGUGUCAUGAACAACUACUUCGGGAUUGGCAUAGACGCGAAAAUCAGUCUUGACUUCCACCAUAAACGAGAAGAACAUCCUGAGAAGUGCCGAUCGCGCGCGAAGAAUUAUAUGUGGUAUGGCGUUCUGGGAUCUAAACAGUGGCUGCAGAAAACCUACAAGAAUCUCGAACAGAGAGUUCAAUUGGAAUGCGACGGUCAAAGGAUACCAUUGCCGUCUCUACAAGGAAUCGUCGUGUUAAAUAUACCAAGCUUUAUGGGCGGCACGAAUUUCUGGGGUGGUACAAAAGAGGGAGAUCUGUUUUUGGCACCGUCGUUUGACGAUCGCAUAUUGGAAGUGGUGGCAGUCUUCGGAUCCGUUCAAAUGGCCGCGUCGCGGCUCAUUAACUUGCAACAUCAUAGGAUAGCUCAAUGCCAGACAGUCCAGAUUAAUAUUCUGGGAGAAGAAGGUGUCCCUAUACAAGUGGAUGGUGAGGCUUGGAUUCAACCACCCGGAAUCAUAAGGAUUAUACACAAGAAUCGCAUGCAGAUGCUAUAUAGAAAUAGGGCUCUCGAGACAUCGUUAAGAGCGUGGGAAGAGAAGCAACGUAACACGCUGAGCGCCGUAACUCAGUCGACCUCUAUCCUGAGCAAUACGUCGCAGUCUAGAGUACAAUUGCAAAUAAGCAGUAAGCCUUCGCAGCUGAACGAUGAGGAACUCAACAUUCUGUUCAGCUUCAUCGAAGCUGUGACCACCUUGGUUAAGUGGGUAAAACUACUGAUUAUAUCGCACCCAAGCCUGGAAGCAGAUUUGUACCAGGUUGCCUCGCGAACGGCCCAAGCGCUCGAGCAAGUGCAUCCGGAUGGUAAAAUCUUGCAAGGGGUAGGCUUAAGACCUAUGGUAACCGAAUUGGUAUCAAGUGCGCGGCAAUUGUACGAAGAAUCUUGCGAAUUGCUACGCGACAAGGCCCAUAAUUUACAGAGGCUACGAGAGGACUUGGAAAACAAAUUAUCCCUGGCUCUAGCCAGUAUGGAACAGGAAUUGCGAAAAUGCAUUUUUGACGAGAGAGGUACAGGGCUGGUUUACUUGCAAAACGCUGCUGUGGACGAUCAGUUUACACAAAAUGGAGACGCGACCAGUGACAAUUACUUGGCGAUGUUGUACCUGUUCAGUUACAUUACAUAGCAGAAGUAACACGUCCGAGUAUGCACUUGAACAACACGCAAUUUAACCUUUGCUUUCAUUGGCGCUAUGUCUCUCAUGAUUUCGUAAGAAUCAAGGGAUCGUUGCACGAUCUGUUUUAAUUAGCACUUAACAACGAGAGAGGGGAACUUUCGUGAUCUUUAUAUGAGCCUCAUGAAAGAUGUACUUUGUAGCGGAUGUAUAUAUAUCUAUAUAUAUGAAUCUCGCUAAAGUAUAGCAAUAAUAAUAAACAAUGGAAUAUCUGACAUUGUUUUAUUGAUGUACACCGAAUGCGUAUUUGCGGUACUCACGCGAUAUUUUACGGAACGGCGAAUCUCUCAUCAUUCGACCGCGCGCGACCGCGAUGACGAAUGGUCAACGUUAGACGCGAGUGAGAAAAUGAGCUACUUUGUGUGCUUGACGAGUCGUUAUCACAUCCUGAGUGCAAUCUGUCCACCUGCAUAUGAUUAUGCAUGUCUCUAACGUAUGUCGUUAAAAUAGAGCGUACCGCUUACACGCGUAUACUAAUCUGACUAACCGUUCACUAACCGACCUCUCGAACUCUGGGUCUGCAGGGUGAUAAAAAAAAUCGUCAUCGAGGGUUGUUCUGGUUAAAGUUCCGUCGCUUCACUGGCAACUCGGGUACCCAUCCAGCGAAGGAACAAGUCACUACUUGGGGCGUACAGGAGGUGUGCACCUGGUUAGAGAAUCUGCAAUUGGGCGAAUACGCGGACAAAUUUGUGUCGCAUGAUAUACGAGGU